UUUACGUUCAGAUUACUCUUAAAGCCCUCAACGUGGAUAUCGUUGAUUGCAGAUAUUAAUAAAUUGCUUCAGUGGUACCUCUUAAAGGGAAAUUUCACAUUCUAACCGAUGCACAUCCACUUGUGAACUGUGGAGGAUCGUUAGAACUUAGUCACUGAAAAAAAGAGAUAGUUGUGGAUGUUGUGUAUAUCUGAUAACGCCAUCGCUGCCUUGCCAAGCCUGUAAUGACUGCACUCUGUUCAUAAGUUGCCUCUGCAGAUUCCUAUAAGUCCUCGAGGAUCACGCAUGCUUUAUCUAGUCGAGUUGGAGAGGGAACUGGAACUCCAGCCUCGAUUCUUUGGACCUCGCUUGCGUGAAGUCUUGGAACAGAAGUUGAUCUCAGAGGUGGAAGGCACAUGCAGUGGGAAGUAUGGCUUCAUCAUCUGUGUCACUGGCAUGGGCCAUGUUGGUAAAGGGAGCAUCAGGGAAGGCUCUGGCACAGCACUCUUCAAGGUGCAGUACAGCUGCGUGGUUUUGAGACCCUUCAAGGGAGAGGUCCUUGACUGCGUGGUGUCCUCAGUUAACAAGGUGGGGUUUUUUGCGGAUGCUGGACCUCUGCAGCUCUUUGUGUCCAACCAUCUCAUUCCAGAGGACUUUGAGUUCAAUGCCACUGGCGAACCGGCAUUCGUGAGCACAGAUGAAGCUGUCAGGGUGCAAGCGGGCGCAGAAGUGCGCCUACGAAUAGUGGGCACGCGAAUGGACGCCAGCGAGAUUUUCUGCGUUGGCACUAUAAAGGAGGACUACUUGGGGGUGAUUAGCCAAGCUGCAGGCCUGUAGUGAUGGCAGUCUGCACAGAUGCGGAGUGCCUGGCAGCCAAGAUCAGCUGGAUGAGGUUGGGGUGUCCUGACAGUCUGAGUCUUUGAGCUAGGCAAUGCACGAGCUCUCGAGAACUCCAUUGAUUGCGUGUUUCCUCUGCUGUCAAGUGCCAGGGGCAGUGCAGUCGUGUGUGUGUUUAUUGCCUUUGAUCACCAUCAUUCGGAAUGCAAUUGUCUCCACUUGUUGUUGUCACCUAGAAGCUUACCUUACUCUUGAGAGUGCUGACCACUCAUGAUGACUCAUUCGGAAUUGAAUUGCAAAUUUCCAGCACGUGAGGUCUGUGACUAACAUUCAGCUUCCUCUUCUGCGGAAGCGACCUCUAGCCUCGUAAGCGGGACUUCGAUCCCUUGGAUCUCAAAUUCAUGAUACUGGGUGUAAUCUUGCUUUCCUC